AUGGCACAAACGACACAAGCCAACCCACUGGUAGCCCUGUCGCUAUCGCAGGAGAGCCACCAGACUAUUCUAGUAUCAAGAAAUACGAGGGAGGACAAACCCCUUCCACCAUUGCCGCGGGAGGCGUUCGCUAAGCCGGGCUUGUUAGAGAGGGAGGGAGAGCUAGCGAGGAUGCCCUCUCGAGAUCGGCUCAGUGAACAAUGCCCUCGCUGUGCGGAGCAACGAAUCAUUGAUGUUCAGCCCGAAGCACAGCCAAAGCUGGAGCUUUACCCCCUGCCUCACAAACCAAGCCCGAAACAUUUCGCUGCUCUGGACCGAGCAAUCAUGAGAGCAACCGUUAUCGAUACACCACGAGAAAGCUCCGAGUGUGAAGGCCGACAGGCAAGGAGUCUCCACACUCUUGAAGUCUCCUCUUUGCACACUGGAACCCGUUCUGGCACCGCCCCGGAAGCCAGCCACAAUCUUACAGUGACGAAGCCAACACUGGAGACUGAGCCGUCUCGGACGGUUCACUUCCUGGCCCCGGAACUUGUACGCUCCUCGGCACGCACGCAGCAGACUUUCGCAGUGGCCAACCAAUGUGGGAGGAGCAAAAGAAAGAGUUCUGGAGUUGACAGUCUCUGGGUUUCUUUGAUUCAACAGAUGAACCGCAUUGUCCAGUUCAGCUCAAGUCGGAAAACCCGACUGAUAGCGUCAUCACAUUCCGUCAGAACUCCCUCACGUGCAUCCACAGGGUCGAGGCAGGCGUGUAGUCCCCCACCUGCGUACACGCAGAGGCGUUCUGCUGCUGUGAAAUUCACCAAGCUAUUGCCCGCGGAAAUGGUCCCUUCGUUGCCCGACAGGACGACAAGACUUGCCCUGCCUCAGGCAUUAGUCAGCGCGUCGAAAUCAACUAUAGACACGACGACUCGAAUACAACGAGCGUUCUCGGUAGUGGUUGGGGAAUCGAUGCCUCCUGCUAUCAUCCAGCGUCUGAAAGCAGAGGAUGUGCUCCUACUGCAGGGAGUCAUCCAGAAACUAAAAGCAACGCUACUUGAGAGCCUGCCUCGUGGCUCUGAGAUCAAACAGCUCCUUCCUUCGCAUACAAUGUCGGAGUCGCAGCAGUCCGGAGGGCCUGACACCAGUCCAACGCUCCGUGAAGAAAGCUCCGUUGCAAGUUUCCAGCUACCAGACUCGUCGGUCACUCUCAGGAUCCCCAGUGUGUACGAACUUGAGACCAUCACCGACGAGGAGCCUUGCAUGCCUGGGUAUUCUACUCUCUGCAAGACCACGGCGACAAGACACGACAACAUCAUCCUGAGCAUUCUUCGACAACUCGACAGCUUGGAUGACCUCUUUGCCAUGGCUACCAUCAACCGGACGACAUACCGAGUCUUCAAGGCGCACGAGAUAUCCUUAAUCCAUGAUUGUCUCUGGAAGAUGUCCCCUGCAGCCUGGGAGCACUGCGAAAUCACCGACCGGGUGUACGCAAGCGAGAAGCAGCCGGGAGGCCAGAAUCUUUCCGUCAGUCUCUACCUGCGCCAUUACCGACAAGACCUGCACAUACUCGCCCAGUUCAAGACUCUCCUCUUGUACUACUGCCGGAAAGUCCUCCGCAGGGAAUCCUAUAGUGCGCUUCUGGACCCGUGCUCGGCCCGCUCGAAGGAACUGGACGACGCCAUCUGGCGCGUCUGGACCAUCUGUGACCUCUUCGCUGCGUGGAAAGGACGAGACGAUGACCUCACCGGUCAGAUCUCGUGGCUGCAGGGUAACCCGGCGCCCCAGCGUCCUCUGGGGAGUCCAGACGCCAGCGACUUCAGAAGUGUGCUUUUUGAUCCACCGAGGGGCUUCGCGGAAGGAAAUCGUGGUGGUCUCACGCCGGCGCAGUUACGAGAUAUGGUAGAGAUCUGGACAGCGAUGGCUAGCCUUCUGGAUUUUCUACGGAACGAGACAGACCGCGCGAGGCGGUUUGGUAUCUUCGCGGGUAUUGGGGGCGGGCGUGUUGAUUCGGGAAGUGAGAAGUUGUUGUUGAGUCCGUCUCUCUCUUUCGUCCCCACGUCUUUACCUCCGCCAUAUACGUUCCAAGCUGAUGUCUCUAUUCCAACAGAAUGUUGGAUUGACUACUUACUUACCCUCGGUCCGGCCGCGGUAUUGAGCAUCGCACCCUCUGGGCCCCGGACGGACCCAGAAGUGGUAUUUCGUUACGCACAGGCUCAGGGGUGGACUAUGUGGACAACCCGCCUCCCCAUAGAGAUGCCACGAGCCGCCUUCUUGACAGGGCCUAUAAGCAGCUUCUCCUAUAUGUUGCAGAGGUGUUCAGUGCCCUGA